CCGGCUUCUGUCAUCAAAUAAAGUUUUGUUUCCAAUCAUCAUCACGCGAAAUCUUGGAAAUCUCACCCGUUUCAAAUAAGUUUAUUGUUUUCUGUUGAAUUUAGUGAUCGAUUGGUGAAACUAGUAAAAAUGCACGCAUUUUUCAAGACUGGCAAAUCCGGCGAUACCACAGCUGGUGACGGACAACCGGUGGAAAAGCGCAGCAAGACACAUUCCGUCCCUUGGGUUGAGAAAUAUCGACCAAAGAAUGUGGACGACGUGGUGGAGCAGGGCGAGGUGGUGGCCGUUUUGCGCGAAUCUCUGUCGACGGCCGAUCUGCCGAAUCUGCUGCUGUACGGACCGCCCGGAACGGGUAAAACCAGUACGAUUCUGGCGGCGGCCCGCCAACUGUUUGGGGACAUGUUCAAGGAGCGCAUUCUGGAGCUGAACGCUUCGGACGAUCGCGGUAUUUCGGUCAUUCGGAAUAAGGUGAAAACGUUUGCCCAGUUGGCGGCCAGCGGAACCAGGCCGGACGGAAAGCCGUGUCCACCGUUCAAGAUUGUCAUCCUGGAUGAGGCCGAUGCCAUGACGCACGCGGCUCAGGCCGCGCUUCGCCGGACAAUGGAGAAGGAAACCAAGACGACACGGUUCUGCUUGGUUUGUAAUUACGUGUCCCGGAUCAUCGAACCGAUCACGUCGCGCUGCACCAAGUUCCGGUUCAAGCCGCUGAGGCAGGAAAAAAUUAUCGAACGGUUGCGGUUCAUCUGUGACCAGGAGACGGUCGACGUGGAGGACCAGGCGUACCAGGACAUUGUGGACAUUUCGGGCGGAGAUUUGCGACGGGCGAUUACCACGCUGCAGUCGUGUCACCGGUUGAAGGGCAAGGAGGCUAAAAUUGAACACUCGGAUAUCCUGGAGAUGUCGGGUGUGGUCCCGCGGAAGUUCUUGGAAGACUUUGUGUCGGUUUGCAAGACGUCCAACUACAGCAAGCUUGAGGAUUACGUGAAGGGUUUGACCCAUGACGCGUACAGCGUGGGCCAGCUGUUUGAGCAGCUCACGGAUUUUAUUAUUAUGCACGAUGGACUCACUGAUAAGCAGAAGAGUACAAUUUGCGACAAGAUUGGGGACUGCUGCUUCCGUCUUCAGGGUGGAGGCUCGGAAUACAUUCAAAUUAUGGAUCUAGGUUGCGUCACGAUUCAGGCAUUGCAAGCAAAGUGAUUUGAGUCUGGGUUGUUUCAUGUUUCAUUUUUCUUUCUAAAAUAUACUCAUACAUUCGUAAAAUUA